AUGGCUCCUGUUAGGGCCAGAAACCCUCUGGCCUUUACGCCGUGGCCAGUGACCAUCAUCACGACCGCGGUGUUCCUCGCCCUGAUCAUCCCUAUUCUUGUCAUCCACCUAAACGUCCCAGCUGCACCCCGAACCAGCCCCGAAGGAUUGAACCUGACCGAGGCAUGGCAGGACCUCCAAGCGCUCACUAGAGGUUACCACCCGUACAACUCGCAUGAAAACGACCAUGUUCGCGCGUGGCUACUCGAGCGCAUCGACGCGAUCCAGCGAUCCGCCCCACCCUCCGAAGCUUACCAGCCAGAUGAGGAGAAGCCCGAGGUCUUCGUCUUUGAUGACCUCACCUCGAAUCUGACAUUCUUCGACCAACGGAGCGGCGUGUACUUUGAGGGUACUAAUAUCCUGGUAUAUAUUCGCGGGUUCAAAGAUCAGAAGGAGAAAUGGUGGGAGACGCCCGGGAAGGCGCCCACUGGUAAGGGCGGAGUGCUGGUCAACGCGCAUUAUGACAGCGUGUCGACUGGAUUCGGAGCUACGGAUGAUGGUGUUGGUGUCGUGACAUGCCUGCAGUUGGUGAAAUAUUUCCUUUCUCCAGGCCACGCGCCGCGUCGUGGCCUGGUGGUGCUGUUCAAUAACGGCGAGGAGGACUACCUGAAUGGCGCCCGUGCGUACAGCCAGCAUCCGAUGGCAAAGUUCGCCCAUACAUUCCUCAACCUGGAGGGCGCUGGUGCUGGCGGCCGGGCGACUCUGUUCCGCAGUACGGAUACGGAGGUCACCCAGGCGUAUGCGAAAGCCAAGUAUCCCUUUGGAUCUAUCGUCAGCGCCAAUGGGUUCGAGCUUGUCGGUAGCCAGACUGACUAUAUCGUGUUCGAUGGUGAGAUGGGGUUGCGCGGGCUGGAUGUUGCCUUUAUGGAGCCCCGCGCUCGGUAUCAUACCGAUCAGGAUGAUGCGCGACACACUAACAUCGACUCUCUGUGGCAUAUGCUCUCUGGGGCGGUCGCGACCACCGAGAGUCUUGUUUCUGACGAUACUGACCGGUUCGAUGGCCCGGUUCGAGAUGAUGGGAACGUACCCAACGGUCAAGGUACCAACGCUGUUUGGUUCGAUUUGUUCGGUAGCGCAUUCGCUGUCUUCCAGCUACAUACUCUUUUCGCGCUGUCUGUCACCUUGCUGAUUGUGGCACCAUUGACUCUGCUUGUGACUAGCAUUGCCCUUUCGCAGGCCGAUAAAAUGUAUUUGUUCCGGUCUUCGGUGCAUUUGGAGACAAGCGAUGAGAAGGUUCCGCUUCAGGGUCUUCGGGGCUUCUUCCGAUUCCCAUUCUUGAUUGGCAUUCCUACCGCUGUCAUUGUCGGAUUUGCCUAUAUGCUGGCCAAGGUCAACCCGCUCAUCAUACACAGCAGUACCUACGCUGUUUGGAGCAUGAUGGUCUCUGCCUGGAUCUUCCUGGCUUGGUUCGUGUCUCGCGUUGCUGAUUUCGCGCGGCCAUCUGCCUUCCACCGAGUGUACACUUACACGUGGAUGUUUGUUUUCUCAUGGGCGUUGUUGGUCCUCGCCACCGUCCUCGAAAAUGAGCAUCAAAUGGGUGGUGGCUACUUCUCCCUGUUUUAUUUUGCGGGUGUCUUUUUGGCCACUUGGAUCUCCUACCUUGAACUUUUUUCCCUUCCAAGGAUGUCAGAGUAUGUCGGUCAAUUGGCUCAGGACUCGCGACAGCCCAGUAGCUAUGGCAGCAGACUUGGCACAGGCGACGGGCACGAAGACGACGAAGGAGCUGACGAAGAGCCAACCGAGUCGACAUCUCUGCUGCGUGGACAGCGCACCACCUUUGCAAACUACGUUAACGUCCCUGGUGACUAUGUGGCGAACCACGGGGUUGACGAAGAUGAGGAGCAAGAUCCCAACGUGUAUGGAAAUGAACAAGCUUGGAGUGCAUCGAUGCCUAGUUGGACCUGGGUAAUCCAGCUGCUUCUCACUGUUCCGAUCAACAUCACCAUGCUGGCUCCUCUGGCUUUGAUCGCGGCUAGUGCUCUUUACCAAACGGGCCAGGACGGUGAUCCCACACUGGUCUUGUACCUGCUCAUGGCGCUUUUCAUCACAUUGAUCUUCCUGCCGAUAUUGCCAUACAUCCACCGCUACACCUACCAUAUCCCGAUCUUCCUGUUCUUGAUUCUCAUCGGCACUCUCAUCUACAACUUGAUCGCCUUCCCCUUCUCUGACUCCAACCGCAUGAAGGUCUUCUUCUCGCAGCAGGUCGACCUGGAUAGAGGCAACUCUACGGCUUACCUGGCCGGUGUCAGCCCCUUCAUUGAAGACAUUGUCCGUGGUCUCCCCAAUGCACAGGGCCAGGCAGAGUGCAAAACCCACGUCAGAGGUGGGAAGCUCUUGCAAUGCGGCUGGCCUGGUGCUGAGCCAAACGUUGUUCCUGGCAAUGACGUCUCUGCCUGGGAUCCUUCGGUAGAUUGGGUCUCUUAUAGCAUCUCUCAUUCCGAGACCAGCACUCGCUCCGUCCGCUUUGAAGUCUCGGGCCUGAACACCCGCGCUUGCCGCAUCACCAUGGACGGCCACCCCAUCAAAAACUUCAGUGUCGUCGGAUCCUCCGCUCCUGACAAGCGCUUCAUCAAACCAUCUUCAGAUGGCAUGCAAGAAAUUCGCCUCUGGAGCCGUACAUGGGAUGGCUCGUGGACUGUGGACGUCGAGUUCAACGAGCAUCACGCCUCUCUCAAGGGUCGCGUCUCGUGUCUCUGGAGCGAUGACAAUAGCCCCGAUCUUAUCCCGGCUCUCAGCGAGGCCAGGCAAUACGUUCCUGCUUGGGUCGCUAUCACCAAAUUGACUGACGGUUUGGUCGAUGGGUACCGCGAGUUUGAACUUGUGCAGGAUGAAUCGGGAUCUUGGAAGAAAACCGAUGAGUGA